AUGCUCAAGAGCAAUGGGCCCGGCGACGACAUGCAGAACAGCAAUACGUCCGGGUUGAAGCGGCAGCGCGUGGCCCUCGCCUGUAACCCUUGUCGCGCCCGCAAAUCUCGGUGCAAUGGUGCUCGGCCGAGGUGCGACCUCUGCGAGCGGAUGGCCUUCGAGUGUGUGUACGAAACCCCGGCAUCCGCCGCCAAUGUCAUUGUACCAAAGGAUGCGUUUGCCGACGUAGAAUCACGCCUACAUGUCCUUGAGGAGAUGGUCAAGCGCCACAAUGAACUGCUCACCUCAAAGAGCAUCAGCUCUGUUGCUUCCAGUAUAAGCCUGGGUCACAACGUGGUCAAUCUGAAGCAGCACGCACAGGAGCUAGAAGUAGAACAGGAGGACGACACAGAUGGCAUGGCCAUUUCGUUUGUCGACGAAAAAGAUCAGGGCUUCUUUGGGCCAUCGGCCAACAUUUCCUUUAUGCGCAUCAUCCUGCGCUCCAUGCUGGCGGCAAGCCCGAUGAGCUACGCCGGCACUGACGAUCCUGCCCCCGAGGAUGUCACCGAGCAGCUCCUCCAGGAGUACUUUUCCAACACGGGCAUGCUCUUCCCUUAUAUCCACGAGACCUCCUUCAUGGACACGUACCGUCAGGCACGGCUCUCAGCUUUUGCCGGCGUGCGCCGGACGUGGCUGGCACUGCUCAAUAUUGUGCUUGCCAUAGCGAUACAGGCCGACGCCUCGCGCCCAGACACGAGCCUUGCGGCGGCUGACGCCGAGCUCUUCUUCUGCAAGGCACGCAACCUCUGCGGGACGCACAUGCUGCGUAGCACGACGCUCGAGACGGUACAGUACCUGUUACUUUCAACGCAGUACCUGCAGGGCACGCAGCACGCGGUGCAGACAUGGACAAUGCACGGGCUGGCCGUCAAGACAGCACUGUCCAUUGGGCUGCAUUCGGGCGCCGCGUCAGCCAAGUUUGCACCCGUCGAGUGCGAGAUGCGCAAGCGCACGUGGUACGGGUGUAUUGUGCUGGAUCGUAGUCUGAGCAUGACGUUUGGUCGCCCGAGCGCUAUCCCCGAGGAAUACGUGUGGCUCGACCUGCCGAUGCCGAUUGAGAGGGACCGUGAGGGCGGGUUGUCGGCCCUCUUCUUCUCGGCGACUAUUACGUUGUACCGCAUCUUGGGGAAGAUCAUUGCCUCGGUCUACGGGCACAACAUUGAGCACGAGGACCUCUCCGCGUCGGACCUCAUAACGCGCAUCAUCCAGCUCGAGCAGGACCUUGACCAGUGGCGCAUAGCUCUACCAAAGGCUCUUGCAGUGUGCAGCUCCUCGUCGGCAGCUAGUGCUGGCGCGCAGCAGCAGCCGUACUCGGGCAUCCCGGACGAGCCGUCCCCAGCAUCAUUCUCCUCCUCGACGCCGCCAUCGUCUCUGUCGGCGUCGUCACAGCAGGUAGACAAGCUCCGCAACAUCCUCACCUUGCGGUAUCUCAACACUAAGCUGCUCCUGCUGCGUCCGAUCCUUAUAAACACACUAUGUGCGCGCUUCCUCCUCGAUAAACCCGGCGGCGGCGGCAUUCUUUCCGACCGGCCGAUAUCAGCACAGCACCCAGCCGGCUCUCCCGGCGGUGAAUUCCACACAGGGCCCCUAGGCUAUAUGCAGAACAGCUACAUGAUGACCUCGUGCUUUCGCGCAGCCGUUGAGUCCAUUUCCAUUGUCCACGAAGCUGUGACGCGGCCCGAGCUGGGCAGGCACAUGCUGGGCGCGUGGUGGUUUACGCUUUGUUAUGCAUUCAAUGCCUCCCUCACCGUUCUCGGCACCCUGCUCCUCCUCCCAACAGGUAGCAAACCACCACAUCUGCCGCCGGUCGGCGGCCACCUCCAUCAUCAUCAUCAUCAUCAUCAGAACCUCCACCACGACGCAGAGUAUCAGACCCAUCAUCAAAACCAACAGCAGCAGGAAGACGAGGGCCGCGAGGCCAUCGCAAAAGCCAUCGAGGCGCUCGGCGUGCUAACGUCCGAGGACAACGCGCUCGUGGACCGCUGCGUAGAGCAUCUGCGGCAGCUGAUGCAGGUCGUCGAUGGGCACCGAGCAGCAGCAGCGACAGCAGUAUUAAUCAGCUUGUCCCCGACCGCUACUAACAACAACAGCAAUGAUGACAACAGUAACAUGACAACUGGCACAGGGUCGAUCCUGCGUGGCGGUGGUGCAAGGUCCCAGCACGGUGAUCCAGCAGCAAUGGUCACGGACCUACUCAUGGACGAGACGUCAAUUCUGGGCAUGUCGUUCCCGGAUUACCACGCCAUGAUGCUUGAGGAUGAGCUUGAGCCGGGGUUGUUUUUUCGAGACGAUACAAGUCAGUCAUCGUGGUUGAACUUUGGGUAUCAGUUGUGAGUGAAGGGGGUAAUUAGUAGGCGUAUGGUUGUAGAAACGAAAUCAAGACCAAGGAUUUACGUGCCCACGUGGUGUUUUCCGGUUUCGUUUGCGCGUAGUCGGCUUUCAAGUUGGGACUGGUAUGGACUCUUUUGGAAUUGAUAGACGAGGCGUUAAGACGAGCAUUGGAGUCUGGAGUGUUCUAAGGCAAUAGAUGAAUAAGAGCUAAC